GGCCCACCUAUAACAUGUAAACAAAUGUAAAUACACCGGCAAACGUCAAAGCGACUUACCUAACGAAGGUGUUAUCACACAGAUUCAACACAAAAUGAUAAUUUAACUCAUGUAAUUUUAAUGGUUUACGUGCUUUGCACUAAAAUUUGCCGACACUCAGAUGUAUCAAGGUUUGCUUGUCUGCAAAGGCGAUCAGCAGUUUAACUGGUACCCAUUAUGACGGAAUUACUCUCUAUUAUGGAAACCCAAUCGUAUUAGGCAAUGAAAUCCUUCCAUGCCGCGACUUGUUUGAACCAAUCAGUAGAACGGGUGUCACCAUGGAGCUGGUAGUGGACAAGAUCAACCACUUCAAUGAGUUCUACAACUGGGCGCUGUCUGUCUCAGACAAACGGGUGGAGAACUGGUUCCUCAUGCAGGGAUACGCUCCAACCCUGAUUAUAACUGCAGUGUAUGUGAUCUUUGUCACGAAAAUAGGGCCGGCCUUCAUGGCCAAUCGGGAACCCUUUCAACUCAAGUGGCCAAUUGUUAUAUACAACUUUGUUUGUAUAGCAAUUAACUUCCAUAUAUUUUCUGAGUUAUUGUACAACUCAACAGUGAAGGGUUACAGUUAUUCCUGCCAAACAGUAGACUAUUCUGAUGAUGAAAAUGAAGUCAGAAUAGCGAAGGCGUUGUGGUGGUUCUACUUCUCUAAGUGUGUUGAGAUGUUGGACACGGUGUUCUUCGUCCUCCGCAAGAAGAACAACCAGAUCAGUUUCCUGCAUGUGUACCACCACGCCACCAUGUUCCCAAUCUGGUGGAUGGGCAUCAAGUGGGUCGCUGGCGGCCAGUCCUUCUUUGGAGCCAUGAUCAAUUCUUUCAUCCAUGUGAUAAUGUACACUUACUACGGCAUUGCCGCCCUCGGGCCUCAGUUCCAGAAAUACCUCUGGUGGAAACGCUACCUCACCAUCAUACAGCUGAUUCAGUUCCAUGUUGGGAUUGCACAUGCAUUACAGUCGCUGGUCUUCCAGUGUGAAUUUCCACUAUGGAUGCAGUAUGCCGUAGUGUUUUAUGCCGGGAGUAUCCUGGCUCUCUUCUUGAACUUCUAUUUUCAAGCAUAUAUCAAAUCACAUAGAAAAGAGAAGUCAAAGUCGAUGUCUGAGAAGAAUGGACAUGUUACAAAUGGCGUCUCAAACGGACACACAGAAUCCAAGAAAACAAAGUGAAAGCCUUGUAAGGGCCUUCAAGCAGGGUUAAUUAUGAUAAGCUUGAGAGGGUGGGAUUUAUAUCUUAGAGAGGGUGGGGGUUAUUGUUGGGGGGGGGGGGGGGAGCCUGAAAUUAAUAAACUGCCAACAAACUGCAGUGGUUAGAGAUAUGUCAGAAUCACCUGGUAUGUUAUUUUUAACAAUUAUAUCACACAAUCAGUAAACAUGUUCAAGCAGUAAUUUUUCAUUUAAAAAUAUUUAGUUGUAACAAUAAACACAUGCUAUUGUUUAGCAUGGGGAACCCUGUGUUCUUUACCUACAUACAUACUCAUUAAUGUCCAUUGCCUUUUUAUGGCCCGGUAGGGUGGCAUAUUGCAGUCGCACUGUCCGUCCGUCUGUCUGUUUGUCUGUCUGUCCGUCUGUCUGUCUGUCCGUCACACUUUUGCGUUAAGGUUUCAAAAAAUGCUCAUAACUUCUAUGUCCCUUCAGAUGUAACUUUAAUAUUUGGUAUGCAUGUAUAUUUGAACAAGGCCUUUCCAUACGCACACAAAUAUUGACCCCUUUGACCUUAACCUUGAACUUAGGGUCCGAGUUUAGGUUUCGAAAUCUGCGUUCAGAUUUUGAAAAAGCGUUUUUCGGGGGCAUAUGCCAUCCUAUGGUGACAGCUCUUGUUUACAAGUUAUAUUUGUGUCAUAGUACAGAAUAGGUUAUCAAGCUGCAUUGGCAUAUUUAUUUCAGCAAAUGGCAUUUGAAAAAAACUAUUUGGUAGUUUAGUUCUUCUCUGCAAAGAUGAAAUAGAAAUGUCAGUAUUUACUUGUAUUUUGGUGUCAACCAUAAUCUUUCAUUUUUGGUGUCAACCCAAAAUUUAUUUUUUACGUGUUUUUCAGAGACAUACUUUUUUGUUAAUGAUUAUUAUUUUUUGAAUCUUUGGCCUAAGUUUUGUGAAUGACCUGUAUUUUUUCAACAUAAUGUAUGUAAAUUUUUAAAUACAAAAUUUAGAAAGGUACUUUUAUUUGCUUCAAAUGGAAGUUUUAAUCGUAAUUAAAACAUUUAAAUAGCAGAAUGAAGUUAUAAGAUGUUUUUUCUGUGAAGUCUUUAUCUGUUUGUUUUUUUGUUAGAGAUUAAAUUUGUAGUUAGUGAUAUGAAAGUGUUUUUAUGCUCCCCAAAAAUUUAUUGGGGGGAGCAUUUAGUCGCCGCUUCGUCUGUCCGUCUGUGUGUCCAUCAGUGCAAAAAAAAAUUCCGGGCUAUUUCUCAGCAACUAAUGACCGGAAUUCAAUGAAACAUUAUGGGAAGCUUCACUACCAAGACAUGGGCAUAUUAUCAGCGGGUUCUGGUCGGAUGUUUUUUCACAGAGUUAUGGCCCUUUGUAAUUUCCAUUUACUGUACAUAUAGUGCAAUUCUUGUCCGGGCUAUUUCUCAGCAACUAAUGAUCAGAAUUCAAUGAAACUUUAUGGGAAGCUUCACUACCAAGAGGAGAUGUGCAUAUUAUCAGUGGGUUCUAGUCGGAUGAUUUUUCACAGAGUUAUGGCUCUUUGAAAUUUUCUAUAAAAAAAUUCUUGUCCCCCAAAAUACUGUGCCCUCAAGACGUUUCCUUUUAUCUGAAUAUAUAGUGCAAUAUUGUGACAAAAAAAACUUUGGGGAGCAUCAACCGUCUCCGACGGUUUCUUGUUUGUAUUGUUUUCAUACUCAUGACAAUUUAGGGGUGUAACUGAAUCGUAUAUUGGUUUAUCACAUAGUGGAUUUGUGUUAACAUUUAUGAAAGUGAUAUUUGAGAAUCUUUUCUUAAAACAGUUUUGACCCAGUAACUUAAUAAAGUUUUGAGCUUUUAUACAAGAAAUCACGAGAAAAUUCAUGCAUAUGUAUCAAGAACAUGUUUAUACCAUUAAUGUUGUUGAGAAUAUUGACUUAAAACCUAAAUAAAAGCUAUCUUUAUAUUAAUGCUAUGUCCAGUGAAUAAAUGUGGUGUUUGAAUGCAGAGGAAAAUGUGUUAUUUCGAAAUUCAUCUUAAUCUUUAUGUUUAUCAACAAGUUUGAUAACACAUUUUAUUCUGCUUGGAUGUGCUUAUUAUUAUUACAUGUGUAUAUACUGUUGUUUUUCAAGAAGAUGAAGUUACAGAAUGAGUGUAUGAGAAUAUGGUAUUUAUAUAUAUAAAUUAGUAUUGAAGUCUUUAGCAUGCUUAUAAGAAAUGUAUAUCACUACAAAUCUGUAAGACGAUACUGCACGCAGACUCAUAUUUCAGAGGCAGACAUUGCAACAAAAUAAAAUGCUGAUAGUUUGCUGAAGAUUCUGCUUUAGUUUUAGAUAUACUUACCAAUUUAAUUGAUAAAAAAAUUGCCUCACAAAAUAUUAAUAGUUUUAUAGUAUGAAUAUUUAUCAGUCACCAAGUGAUAUGGUGAAGAGCUCAAGCUGUAUUGUGAUGAAUGUAUAUGAGACGGUCUUUGGGCUAUGGGGACUAGUUCAUAUGUGAUGACUAGAGCCCCUACAUCGGCCUGUGCAUGCUGCAAAGUCUACAGGAAGUUGCUCCUUCAUGAAAAUCCAGUCUUGGCAGACAGUGGCAGCCUGUGCUGCCUGGGUAGGCUUUUCUUGGAUGAUACUGUACAUACAUGCUUUAAGCCCCAUUAUCUCAGAGUGCGCCUUAAAUAUAUUAACUGUAGUGAAUGUAAUCCUGACUGCCAAGCAACUAGACUUGUUAGCUUUUUUUUCCAUACUUGUGUAACUUAUCAUGUUGCAUCUUAUUAUAUGAUUUUAAUGUGACUAGUUAUUAAGUUGAAUAUUUCUGCAAUAAUGUUGUUGUUUCAAUCAAUGUAUUUUUUUUAAAUUAGUUCAAAUGAUAUUUCAGUUGUUUUUAUAUUACUUGUUCCACUUUGGUCAUGUGUUAUCCUUCCAAAUCACUAUUUUCCUUUAAGUGAUGGACCAGUUAUAUUUUAAAUGUGGUUGGUGUCAGUUAUUUUUUUCUGUUUGCAAUAACAUGUUUUCAUACUCAUCUUUGGCAUUCUAUUUAUCAUUCUUUCAAACAUCCCAUAAAUGAAAAUCAUACCUUUGAUUAUUUUUUAACUUGUUAAGAAUAUGAGAUAUUUUGUUUAUAUAAAAAAACAGGUUUGUUUAUUGGUACAUUGAAUUGUGCAAUUUCAACACAGCAACUACUGUGACUUUUUAUAGCAAAAUUGUGUUGGUAAUAGGAUAAAAAAUAUUAUACACUUGGAGACUUUUCUAACGCAUCACUUAAUCAUAUCAAUAUAGCUCCCUUAUUUUUGAAAGGCAUGUGUUGAAAUUUGGACCAAGAAUAAUUCAACACAUAUCUGAUAAUUUCCGAAAAUUUAAUUUAAAUUGAAAAACAGCAAAAUAUAAACCUUAACAAAUUAAAAACAUCACUUCAAAAGUCAAAUUCGCUAACUCGUACAUUGUUAAAUAAUUACAAUGUGAAAAGUAAAACGCAUAAACUUACACGUAAUAACUGACCGGCUUGCAACAUGCCGAUAGAGCCGUUUCGCGCCUGAAUUUUCAUACGAGCCAUAUUGUUUUUCUUUAAUUAAUGUUAUGUUUUUCUUGUGUUAACACUUAAAUAGUAUUAUGAAAUUGAAAUUGAAUUGGAAUAACAUGUAUAUCAUCUAUUACUACACUUGGUGAUUUUUCUAACGCAACUUUUAAAACUUACAUAUCUCAAUAAUGAAUAAAUAUUUUUAUUUAAAAUUGCACAUGUGAUCAUUUGACUACAAUUUGUGCAAGCUAACGAUAAAAUCAUUCAUCCGUGACUAUCGGACGCUUAAGCAAGUGGGAAAGGUAGCCUGUAAAAUGCAAAGUGCGCGAUUGCGCUCCUGAAUAUUCAUACGAGCUAUAUUGUUUUGUAAAUAAAUUUUAUGUUUUCCUUGUGUAAGAACCCACCUUAAAUAAUUAAACUGAAAUAAAACAAGAAUUAAAUCGCGUUUCAACAUUUCCACGUGAAAAAAUAUGGAACCACACCUACCCCACGUGCUAAAGCGUUUAUCGUGAGCUUGCAUAGAAUGUCGUCAACUGAUCGUAUGUAAAAUUUUAAAUCAAUAUCUUUACUCAUAACUGAGAUAUUCAAGUUUGAAAAGUGAUGCGUUGGAAAAGUCCCCAAGUGUACAUUACAUAAUGCAAUAAGUGUAACAUAUUUAAUUGAUUAUGGAAAUGGUCCCUCAAACUUCCAUACAGUCAGAUUUAAUGUGUUUUGGUAAUUAUUUAUUUAUAAUUAAUAUUUUCAACUCAAAAUUAUAUAUAUCAAUAACUCAUUAUGAAUUUCAAUUUCUGGUUGUUUGUUUGGUGUCUUGCAUGAAAUUGUGAACAUUCCAUCAAAAUCAGUAUAAUCAUUUAUUUUGAAUAUGUUUGUUACUUUUUUAUCUUAUUUAUUACAGGUACAUGUAUUUACAAAUUUGAUACUACUCCAUUGUGAUUAAUACUAAUAAAAAUAUAAAACAAA